ACUCACAGAGAGAGAAAGUUAAACUUUUCACUUUUGUAUAUAUACAUCAACAUGUAUAGAUCUACAGUCCGUUCCGUUCCCUUGUUAGUUGUCUCGUUUCGCGUCUUCUCGUUGCUUAAAAUAGAAAAAGAGGUAUCCCCUCUAUUGUUUAUAGUCUAUGGUCUAUAUAAUCUUUCUGCUUUGAUCGACGAUGUAUAUAUAUAUAUAUAUAUAUACAUGUGUGCGUUAUCACUUAUCUUUUGUGAUGUGCAAACUAUACGAAGUAGUAUUUAUAUAAAUUAUUAUAUAUUUUUACUGUUUAAAAAAACUACGUAAUAAUAGUUUAGUGAUGGCUAAAAUAAAAUACGCAUGUAUUAUCACAAAAGAUGAUCCAAACAAAAGGUAUUGUAAACCAGUUGAUGUUAUCUACAAAUCUAAAAAGGAAAAAGAACAUAUAUCUCCAUCUAAUGCACAAGAUUUUGAUGAGAGUCACGUCUAUCAAGUUUAUUGGAGGUCGUGUGGAAGCAACUGUAACAUUGAAGAUAAAUGUUGCUCAUUUUACAAAGCUCAUAUUAUCAGUCUAGGAGAAUCUGAAGAUAAGACAUUAGAAGCAGCUAAUAAAAGGCAAAAAAGAUUUCGAUUAAAGAAAAAAAUUGAUACAAGCUGUGAAUCAACUGAAAGUACGGUCGAGGAGGAAGUACAAAUAUCCUGCAAUUGGUGAUUCCACGAAAUUACUAAACAAUAAGGAGCCACGCAUCGUUUUACAAAAGAUACCAUUAAAUACAAUGCCUACUCGAAACGAUUCAAUGUCAUCUGGGUUUU